AUGCUCCUUUUCUUUGUUACAUUCUCCAGAAAGUUCAUACAAGACGCCAACAAAGCAGACUCCACCAGCACCACUCCCGACGCCAGUACCGUCCCCAGCAUCAUGAGUGGCUGCGGCCUGGGCGGCGGCGUUGACUCGGACGACCCGUUUGACUCAGAAGAGUCAAUGAUGGACUUCCCUGUGCCGCCCAUGCCCGUGCACGAGAUCAUGCGCUGCCUGCACUCCUCCGCUGCUGAAAUGGCCGCCGAGGACGGCAACCCUGAAGGCGUCGUCCCUGAUGCCGGCAACAAUGGUGCCUCUGAUGGCGCUGGUAACCCUACCACAUCUGGUAACCCUACUACUUCCGGUAACCCUGCCUCUUCUGACCGUGUUCGAGCCGCUACUGGUGCGAAGGACGAUCAACGUGAGGCGGCAUCAGCAGGGAAGGCGGAGGGCAAUCCCCCGCUGAGGAGGACUGCUUCUUCCACCAGCGCGUGUCUCCCGGGCGCCGCGCCUGCUGGAGCAGGGAUGGAGGCAGGGCGGGAGACUGACAGCACUCCCAUGCAGGCAUCCACCUGCGCCUCUCCUCGAGGCUCCACUGCUGGUGUCAGCCCUACCGGUUCCACCCCUGCUGGUGCUGCAGGGCCGGCUUCAGCGGCCUCGUCAACCGAUUCGUCGCCGCUUGCAGCGGGUGCUACUACGAAGGCGGGGCAGGUAGCUGAGUCAUCCAGUGAUCGGGCGGACAGCAGGAAGUGUCUGGACGAGCACAACAAGGCCAUCAGGUCCCUUCUAUUCCUUACUCCUCGACUUUUCCUCCCCCUCCCCAACCCAUCCUCCUCCUCCUCUCCUCAUCCUCCUCCUCCUCCUCCUCCUCCUCCUCCUCCUCCUCCUCCUCCUCCUCCUCCUCCUCCUGCUGCUGCUGCUGCUGCUGCUGCUGCUGCUCCUCCUGCUCCUCAACUCUGGUGCAUGCUCGUGUUUGCCCAUGCCAAGCGGUGGAGGGAGCAGAAGCAGAAGCGGCAGCUGGGUGCAGCCGAAGCAGGUGGGCCGAAGUCAAAGAAAGCACGGCACAAGCAGCAGGAACAACAGCAGCAGCCGCAAGCGAAGCAACCGCCACUCCAGCAGCAGCAGCAGCAGCAGCAGCAGCAGCCACAGGGCCCACUCCAGGUGUCGCCACCAGUGGCACCCCAGGUGCAACAGACGACACCACAUCAGAUGUUGCUUCAGGUGCCACAGCAUGCACCAGUUGUGCCCCAGCAAGCAUGCACCCGCUCGCAUCCUCCUCUUCUGCGCAUCAGCCAGCAUUGUCCCGCAAUCCUUGCGACUCACCCUCCCACUCCCCACCCUCCGUCCCCCUGUUCCCAUCCCACUGUCCCUCAUCCUGCCCCUUUUACUGCUCCUCUCACUGCUCCUCACGCUACUCCUACCACUGCCCCUCACACUGCCCUUCACACUGCCCCUCCCACUGCCCCUCACACUGCCCUUCACACUGCCCCUCCCACUGCCCCUCACACUGCCAUUCCCACUGCCCCUCCCACUUCCCCCCACACAACCCCUCCCUCUGCCUACCACCGCCCUCCACAGCAUCCCUCCCUUCACCCUUCCCUUCAGCCCCCCCCAAUUCCACACCACCAUCUGUGUUACACUUCCCAGCAGCAGCCCCACCAUUGCUCAGACCCACAGUGUACUUGCAAUACCCCUCUCCACCCAUCUGCUGCACUUCUAACCUACCCAGAACCAUCAGAACCGAACGCUUCUUGGUCUACUACAACUACCCAGCAAGCACCUGCUGCAGAUUUUCCAUGCCCAUCUCCCGUCCCUUAUUGCGCGUCCUCCAUCCCUCCAUCAUCACAAGUCCGGGAAAUAUUUAUUCACUGCAGCCCAGCAGUGGAGGAAACCACGGGAUACCUAGCUCUGUUGCAAUCUCCUGAAGCUGAAUCACCUGAUAAGCACAUGCUACAGCAGAGUGGAUUCUGUGCAACACAAAUCCAACGCCGCGGAUCUGCUCGUCAACAAAAGGCGUAUCUCCAAUCAACGGCCCAAGGGAACAGAGGUUCUGCAGUCGUGUAUGACACACAGGUGAACGUUAAAGAGGAGCUGGGUUGGGAGGUGCAGCAGCUGCAGGAGCGGUGGGAGAAAGCUUCUGAGUCGCCUCUGAAGCAGCAGGCACCGAACCGAGAGGGGACAGAUAGGCAGCAACAGGAAGAGUCACAGUGGGAGGCUCAGAAGGACGCACAGCAGCAGGCACAGCAGCAUGCACACGGGCAAGAUUCAGUUCUGCUUGACCCUUCCUCUGCCUUCCCUGUCAACCCUUUCACUUCCCUGCAUCCUUCUCCUCAAGGAGAAACCUUUCCUCUGUCAUCAGUCUCUGACUUAAAGCCCUGCAGCCGAGCCCUCAUCUCUGCGGCGUUCCAUCGUGACAUGUUCGAGACAAGCAAUCAGCUCGCUGGGUCUGGUAGGAGCAGCGUGGCAGAAAGCGAGUGGAGCAUGCAUGAAGAGGCGGGGAAAGAGGUGUUUUUGGAGGAGAUUGGACUCAGUAAGGCACAACUCAGUAAGGCACAUAGUGUGGAUGGGAGCGAGAGCAUCAGCUGCUUCAUGCAUUUUGAUGAUUUUCUGGGCACAAGCCCGGGUAGGGAUGCAUGCAGUGGCAGACCGGAGCAGGAAGGCAAAGAGAGGCUUCAGAGUGCUCAUUGGUGGGAUGACCUCUUUCCAGAACUCUUGUAG